CUCCGCUAUGACGCGUGCGUCGUGUCUUUCGUACAGAGUAUUUUAAACCUAGUCAGUAUUACUUCCCAGUUCAAUUUUGUAUCGAUCAAAACAGCAUUGAUGUCUCAAGUGUAACGUUAAUGAUGUUAACUGCGGGAAGAUGCAAUGAACAUUUAGGACUGUAGAAAACUUGAUUGUAGUGUUUAGGUUCGUGAAAAAAAAAUCAUUUAAGGAUUUAUAUUCCAUACCAAUGUUACAGUAAUGUCGGAACGGAUGUUUGUAUUGAACGAGAUAUUUAUGAAGCAGGACACCUAAGUCAGUUUUAUUGACUUUCACUUAACAAGAAAAAAAAGACAGACAUGACCACCGGAACAGAUUCCACCGAAGAUCCUCCCACCGAGAAGAAAUCGGGUGAUAUGACGGCAACAUUUGUUGAUAAAGAGAAAAAUGCAAAGCUUUAUACUGAAGAAUCGAACAGUGACGCAGACGACAUAACCUUGGUCGUAGAGACUGCAGAUCUUUUGAGCAAACAGAGUAUACUUCUGCUGAAUUGUGCAUGGUAUGGGCUCAGUCUCAUGUUUCUGCUGAUGUCUGUAGAAGUUGUUCCCGCACAGAUACAGUCUUUGGUUGGACCUGCAGCCAAAGGGCGUUGGCUCGGUGGAAUGGUGGCUUGUGGUGCAGCCGUGACGUUUUUUGUCUCACCUAUAAUUGGAAUGCAGAGCGACAGAUCAACAUUCAAGUUUGGAAAACGUCGUCCCCUGAUGUUUCUGGCAACCAUAACGUUAUGCAUCGGUUUAAUCGGCAUGGCUGUUACCGCACCUGAAAUUUCAAUGGCGCAGUUAAAUCGAGUCACGAGUGGAAAUGAAACUGGAAAGCUUCAGUGUAACAAGGACCUUGUUGCCCUUAGGUGUGCUCCUUACUGGAAUGCUUCAAAAGACAACCCCAUAGACGAAAACAAGGAAGGAGCCCAACAACCAAACUCUGUUGUCAUGCAACAAAAUUCAUUUGGUGAUGGUGAAGGGGUCCAGGUAUCUAAUAGCGGAAGUAUAGGUCUAUACAUAAUAUUCUACUUAAUAGUGACGUCAGCUUUUGCUGGUGUCACAGUACCAUACAAUGCUCUUAUUGCGGACAAGUCGCAUCCUUCCCAAAGAGGUUUAAAUUCCGGUGUCAUGGCAGCCAUGAUUCUAAUUGGAAAUGUAAGCGGUGCUGCCGUGGGAACUUCAUUUACGCAUAUUGGUGUUAUAGGUGCCUAUUCCAUAUCGAUUGCCAUUGUUCUGAUAACGCUUGUGAUCACAAUUUUUGCGACAACAGAAGAUGAAGGAAAACAUGUUGUAGAACCGCUAGGUUGUUUAACUUUAUUCUGUGGAUUCUGGGAUCCAUUAAAAGAACAUGAUUUCCGUUGGGUUUUCAUCACACGAUUUCUAAUGCAACAAGGCGUCUCAACAGUAACAGGGUUUCUGGAGUAUUGGUUACACGAUAUGAUAGAAUUGCCAAAUUGUUGGACAGCAGCUACUAGCGUAGCCAUCAUGUUAUUACCAAUGUUGUUUGCGGCGGCAUGCAGCUCCAUCCUAUUUGGUAUCAUAUCAGAUAAAUUUGGUAGAAGGAAACCCAUCGUUAUAACUGCAGCGGCAAUCAUGAGUGUGAGUAUCGCCACUAUGAUUAUGGUGUCAGGGAAAAGUGCUUUCUACAUUGCUAUUGUUACAGCAUUUUGUUUCGGUGUUGGGUUUGGCUCGUUUCAAUCAGUGGACUUUGCUCUGGUCAUGGACGUUUUGCCACAAGAGAAAGAUAAAGCCAAAGAUAUUGCCGUCUGGCACCAAGCACUUAUCUUGCCUAACGCAUUAGCUACGCCAGUCGGCGGAAUAAUUUUGGACUACUUUCAGCAGGUGGACUGUCAGAUUGGACUCGGAUAUAUCAUACUGUUUGCCGUUACUGCCGUUUAUUUUUGUUUGAGUGGAUUGUUUGUGAUGAAGAUCAAACGUGCGCGGUAGAUACCUUGAUAAAAAGCUAUCAGUCACCAUUUUAAAGAAAAAUAUUGUAAAAAAUAAACUGGUUUUACAAUGAUGCUUUUGAAGGUUCUAUUCAGGGGCACUGUGGAAUAAAUUGUAUCUACCGUAAACGUUAUACUUUUUACCGAAAAUAAUGCGGGUACACAAGAGUACGUGUUUCUUAUUGUAAUAACUUAUGAACAAUUUGUGAAUUUUAAGAAGGUUGUAGGGAACAAUUUCAUUUAUCAAAUACUUAAAUUGUAAGCCUUUGUUACGAAUCAAUCCGUUUUGAAUAUUAAUAUAAACACUUUGUUGUCUACAAUUUCCUUGAGAAGAUUGGUUAAUAUCAUAAAUGACUGUAAGCUCGAAGAGAUUGUAUCUUAUUUUGUUUUACGGUUUGAUUAUUUUUCAAAUAGUCAUUGAAUAGAGGGCUUAUUAACCUAUAAAAAUUCUCAUUUACAGGUAAAUUACCUUUUUCAUAUGUUGUUAAGAAUAUAUUCUUUCAUGUGCGGCAGGCAAACUUAACUUCGUUAAAUUUCUACAACGAAAUUGAAUAUGAUGGCAUUGUAUACCAAAGUUUGAUUAAAAUGUUCAGGCACUCCACUUAAUACCUCUAUUUCUGGGCACGUGCAUGGUAUUUACGUCUACUUAAUAUAUUUUCACGAUGUUUGUGUGAUAUAAUUAAAUGUUUUAAGUGUCUGUUUUACCACUAUUCAACAUUUGAGUAUAUACAAAGAAAAUUUAUAGGUCGAGAGUCAGCGGAGCAUUGUGUAUUUUCUAUUUGUCACACCUCUUAAUUAAAAGAUCAUUCUUAACUGACUUAAACUACUAGUAAGUGCUUAAUAUUAACUUGAGAAGCCUACACUAACGUAACGUAUGGAUAUUGUAUCAUGUGCGGUUUGAUUUCAUUAAACGUCAUGAAUUAGUAUUAAAAAAUUAAGACCAAAAGAAAGAAAACGACUAGAAAUAGGAUGAAAAAGGUGUCGUUAAUUCAUUUCUAGGACUAAUCUACCUUUUAAGUUAUUUUUGUUUGGCUCAGGUUCUAAGAAAAGUCAAACAGCUUAAAUAUAUCAGAUUUCUGUCAAACUUUGAAUUUUUGUAACUAUUUUCGUAGAGUUGAAAGUACUUAAAAAUGGAAUUCAGUUUUUUCUUUAAAUUUUGUAAGUAUUUUCGUAGAGUUGAAAGUGCUUUAAAAUGGAAUUCAGUUUUUUAUCGUUGGCAAAUUCAGUAUUGAAUGAAAGUCAGUUUUGGAAAGAAAACAUACUUUUAAUACCUUCACAUGCUUCCAGACGAACUUAUGACAAACUUUCGCAGUAUGUACUCAAAUGUUGAAUAAAGAUAAUACACGGCACCAAACAUUUACUUUUAUAGUAUAAUUACAUGUAUGUGUCUUUUGUCGUCAUGACAGUGUUGACCUUGUUUUGGUUUAUGAAUAAAACCGAGCGCCGUUGUGCUGAAACCAAAGUUAUGACUUUGCGACCAGUAAGGAACAUUGCACAUCCAUACUGUUCGUUCAUCCCCACAUACAUACAUACUGUAUGCUAAUCCUUACCAUACUGGACACGAUUGAUUCUACCUUUGCGACCAGUUCGCUAUUCAGCCAGUAUCUUUUUGAUAUGCACCCCUUUUAACAGUUAUUGGUUCUGUCCAAAUUUGGAAGAUGGACAAGUUCAUUUUAGAAAUUCAGCAGGGUUAGGGUUAAUCAAAAGCAGCACUUGUAUGCAACUGAUAAGCGGACUAUAUAGAACCAGAUCAGACUGCACGGAUGUGAAGGCUGACCUUGAUCCAUACUGAUCGCAAAGCCCUCUAACGUUGAUUUUCGCACAGCGGCGCUCAAAUUCACAUGA